CCGGGCUGGGGCAUCCCCUGGGCUUGGCCAUGAGCCCCAGCAGACCUAGCCCCUCCCGGCCGCUCCACUCCUCCGGUACCUGCAGCCGCCACCACUUUCGAAGGAAGCUCUGGCCCGGGGGUGCGGGGGCGUGGAGACUCUGCCUCCCGGGGAAUUCUCCCGGGCGGACGCCGCAGCGGCCCCUCUGGACCGGGUGCAGAGUCCGUGUGGGAGUGCGUGGGUGCUGGGCUCCGGGACCCGCGCCCUCCGCCGCCUCCGGCUCGGAGAUAGCGGACGGGCACGGGGAGGAAGCGAAAGUCGCAGAGAAGCCAGCGGACGCCACAGUCCGGAGCGGACAGGGCAGUCUCACGCGGCGCCUCGAGAUGUCCAGGCGUCAGGUACGCCUGCUGCUGCUGCUGGCAGCGCUUGCCCUCUCGGUCAGUGCCAACGAGGGCAGCGUCACAGGGAGCUGUCACUGCGACCAAAGAAUUUCUUCCAGCUCCCCGCCGAAUCCAAAGUUAAUGGAACACUUCCGAAAACAUCUCAGGGCCUACCACCGCUGUACAGCCUACAUCAGGUUCCGGCUGCACUCGCGGAGCGUGUGCGGAGGCAACCACGACCCGUGGGUGCACGAACUGCUGAGAUGCUUCGACCGCGGAGAAUGUGGACACGCUCACUGGAAGAGUCUGGCCCACCGGAAGCCGCUACCUUCCCGCAGCACUCAGAUUCCCAAGUACACAGAGGAGGCAUCCGCACACCUGCCCUCCACUGCCCAGACCCACCUGCCACCCACCCUGCCACCCGGAGCGCACGCCAACAAAACCACCACUGCCCCUCCGAGCCAGAGUCUGGAGGUUGGGCCUGAGGCUGGGCAGAACCAGAAGCAGCUAGAAGAAAUUGUAGGACCUGCAGCCGGGAUGUCAGCCAUGGUGCCGGUGCUGACCCUUCUGGCCAUCACCUUCCUCCUCACUGGAGUCCUCAUGUAUGUGCUGUGCAAGCGGAGAAGGGGGCGCUCCCCAAAGUACUCUUCAGAUUUGCAGCUUUAUCAUACACGUGUGGCACAAUAAUCCAGCGUCUGAGCAGAGAGGAGGGGAGAGAUUUGCUUUUGUAAGUACUGCACGAAGAGGCCCAGUGCUGCGGCAGUGAGUGACGAAGCCCUGUGACGACAGACUGCUACGUAAGUGCUGAUUUGAGUUUUGGUUCCUCUACUUCCAACCCAGCUUCCCUGCUAACGGCUUAUGAAAGGCAGAAGACAGCCCGAGUGAUUGGACACCUGCCGGCCUGUAAAAUCAGAAUCAAAAUGGACUGGGUGUGGCUAAAUUGCAGACCUCUGUUUCUGUACAUAUUAGCUUUGCUCGCCAAAGGCUAAGGGGGUAUCUUGUGAAACUAUGUGGGCCCAAAUUCCCAGGAACUAGGUUGACCGAAAUGUGUCCUUCCCUGUUACCUUACAACUGUAUCUUGGAUCUGUUGAAGUAACACCUUGACAGUAGGGACUCCACUUUGGAGAACCUGAGACUCCAUUCUGGGAAGGUGCCCCCCCGCCCCGUGAGACUCUGGUCUGAAACUAUGAUCUAAAACAGUUGAACAAUACCGGUCCACUACAUCACACUUGGCAGAGCAUAGAAACCCCCUAACAUGAUCGCUCAAGCUUGGAAGUGGAUAGGCUGCACCUGGGUUAAUGAUAAAAAUGUAACUUGUCUAUGUCCUACAUGAUUAAAACCAAUGGAUUAAUGUCAAGAUUAUAAUUGGAAUUGUUAAGAUUGUAACUGGUAUUGUCAAGAUUAUAAUUGAUACUAGUUUCACAUGGGUUUUAGGUCAGCUUGACCCCAGUAUCCAUGUAUUCCCCUCCCGAUUUUGCAGCUUUUGCCUUUAUAAACCCUGUUGCUUUGGGCUUCAGGGUUGAGAAUUCUUUAGGGCAUGAGCCCACUCUCCACCACCGGCAAUAAAGGACCAUCGAAUCUUAUCAAUGUGUGGUGCUCCCCUGUUUACUCUCGCUCAGGUACAACACUGUUAUUGGGUUUGUGGUUGUUAACUGUUAUCUUACAGCCAUAUUCUGGUUUUCCUUUUUAUUGUUCACUGCAUACCAGGGAUCUGAUUCGAAAUUGUGGGCCCUAGUGGACAGAAUACUAUAAAAAGCUGUGUAAGCCGCUGCUGGGGGCCACACUGUGGUAAGGAAUAUUGGUCCUGAUUGGUGGCCAGUCCCGAUCGGUUACCUUAGCUCUCAUUUGCUUCUCAUUUUCAAUAAAAUUCAUGUGUGACUGUCA